AAUAUAUAUAAUUCCUCCUCCUGUGGAUCCAGAGCUGGGCGUAGUGUGCAUGAUUCAAUCCGGGGUCGUCACCAGCAGCCUAGGCGGAGGGCGCCCUGCUGCCCCGCUCACUUAGGCAGUUCAUUGACUCGUUGCAGAAAAAAAAACAACUUUGGGAUUAUAUUUUUUUAUAAAUAUAUAUUGCAUAUAUAUAGUUUUGGAUUUAUUUUUAUUUUUUUUGCUAUGUCGUCGGCAACUGUGGCUGCAUCCCGGAGGCAGUCGUGUUACCUGUGUGACUUGCCACGCAUGCCAUGGGCUAUGAUCUGGGACUUCACGGAGCCGGUGUGCAGGGGUUGCGUCAACUACGAAGGAGCAGAUCGCAUUGAGUUUGUGAUAGAGACUGCUCGGCACUUAAAGAGGGCACACGGCUUCCAGGAUGGACGUUCUCCCGGGCCGCCCCAAUCUUCAUCCUCCUCAUCGUCAUCGUCUUGUGUAAAGCCGCAGCUUACAGCUAAGGAGAUGGCGCAGAUUGGACACGCGGUGGGGGGUCCAGAUGGGGUGUCCCGGAGCUCACAACAGCCCCCUCCACCGCAGUGUCUGGACCGAUACCCGCUUGUGCCAGAGCGGCCGCCGCCCCGACUGGCAUCAGAUUAUGGCGUCGGCAGGCAGGUCAACGGUAUCCUACUGCCCAAUGGAUUUCCAAAACCAGACGACCCCCCAGAGCUGAAUAGACAGAGCCCAAAUCCGCGGAGGACUAACGCGGUGCCGCCUUCAUUGGGAGCCCUUAUGAACGGUUCCCCUAUGGGCUCGGUUGGCGGCCGGGCCCCUCCUCUGGGGAUCUCCGCGGCCUCUCUGGUGGCCGCUGCUGCUGCCACAACUUCAUCCGAAAUCGGUGGCAAGCGGCCUGGAUCUGUGUCUAGCAGCGAGCAUGAUGCUAAGGAAAAACAUCGGGCCGACAGCUUUUCGGAGCUGGGGGAGAACCACAAGGGCAGGGCAGAUGAGUGGAUCAUCAAUAAGCCCAAGACGGUCAGGGAUACUCUCAUGGCCAUGCAGCACAGCCACUCGCCAUUUGACCCUAAAUUCAAAAAGGAUCCUACUGCUGGGAGAGUGAUGGGAUUUGAUACCAGCAACACAGCCUCUAAAUCUGGUACCAGAGCUGGAAAAAAGAGAAAAACUUCCCCGGAACCAGAAGGGGAAGGAGGAUCUGCAAAAUUAAACGGCGAAGGACAGCCAUGGUUGUCAGGUGAUGGCAUGAAGAUUUCUACAAUGGCUAGUUCAUUUAUAAGUCCACCUUCCACUGUAUCCCCUCAUUCCAACCGUACCACACCACCAGAAGCUGUACAAAAUGGCCAGUCUCCAAUGGCUGCCCUGAUUUUAGUAGCAGAUAAUGCUGGUGGUAACCAUGCAUCAAAAGAUGCUAACCAGGUUCAUUCUACAACUAGGAGAAACAGUAACAGUCCACCAUCCCCAUCCUCUAUGAACCAAAGAAGAAUGGCUACCCGAGAUGUGCCAAGUCAACUUUCUACUGGGGGAACAUCAACCCAUACAGGAAUGGAACAAGUGCAUCCGCAAAGCAUUCCCGAUUCUUCCAUACCAAACAGUAUACCAUUGUGCUGCACUCUUUGCCACGAGCGUCUCGAGGACACACACUUUGUACAGUGCCCUUCAGUAGCUUCUCAUAAGUUUUGUUUCCCAUGUUCAAGGCAAAGUAUUAAACAACAAGGAUCAUCUGGAGAAGUGUAUUGUCCUAGUGGGGAAAAAUGUCCUUUGGUGGGAUCCAAUGUACCAUGGGCCUUCAUGCAAGGGGAAAUUGCCACCAUUCUUGCUGGGGAUGUAAAAGUGAAAAAGGAAAGAGACUCUUGACUUUUUUUUUUUAGCUUCAUAACUACCAUAAUCUUUAACUAAAACUUAUUGAGUUGUGUAUAUAUCUAUAUACCCAAGACAAGGGAAAUGUAGACUCCAUAAACAUGGCUGUAUAAUUUUUAAUUUUUGAAUACAUGUGUUUAUAUUUUUGAAGACAAAGGUAUGUACUGAGCAGAGGUAUUUCUUCGUUAAUGUUAUUUGCAAGUAUUUGUUCUUAUCCAGUGACAGUUAACUGUUAAGUGUAGGCUGUGACAUGAGAUGCUUUUUUUUAGAGCACUUGGAGAAACAGAAAUGCUUUUAGCUGUAUUUGUAUGCACUUGUUUAAAAAUGCCAAAUACAUUUUAUGACGUUGUAAAUUGUCUCUGGUUACUCAUUCAUGCUAAUUUUGAAGUCUUUUCUUUGAGAUUAAGCUUUUUUUAAUGGUAGAAUUAAUGAUGUAAUUUGAAGAACUGGGUGAUGUUUAUUAAAAAAACAAAAAAAAAAAACUGUUUCCUGUUCACCAAAGCACUAUUUUGAGUAUGGCAAUUAUUUAGCGUUCUUUUCAUGGCACAUUAUAAAGGCAAAUUGAGUGUGCCUUUAUCUCCUAAUGUUGUAGGUGACUACUUGGCAUGGUACAUUUUUAAUGAAGAAUUUACAAAAUGCAGACAAGUUUUUUUUUAAUCAGUACCAGUUUUUGAAUGACAAUCAUGUAUUAUUUGUGCUUUGUGAAAAAUUGCAGUCAGUUUAACACAAUAGAGCCUUUCUGUACCUUUGCAAAGAUUAUUUUUUUAUACACAGUAUGAACUUUACACUUUCCUUAUCAAGUGAAUUCAGUAAUUGAUGUUGCCAUUGUUACUGUCCUUUCACAAUCACAAUUUUUGCAUUUGUGGCAGGUACAGGCUGACACACCGUAUUCUGUUCAUCACAAGGCACACAUUCUGUUUAUUGACUUUUGAAACAAAACUGGCAAAGUAAAUAUCAAUUUUAGUAAAAGUUGUGUAUCCCACAGUGCAUAAGAUUUCAUUGCAUUUUUUUUCUUCUUUUUUAUAUAUAUAUAUAUAUAUGUGUGUAUAUAUAUAUAUUUUUUUAAUAUAACGGUCAUAACUGAUUCAAUUUGCCGAUCUGCAUUAAUACCAUUAGAAUAUUUUUGCCUACUAGCACUUUUCUAGAAUAUAUAGAAAAAAAAUGUGGCAAUGUUUUGAAUAGCCCCUUCAAAUGUUGUUUUUAUUUUUAAUGUCUCUUUGCUCAUGUUGAUUAAAAUCAAUUUGGUUCUCCACAAAUCUCAUUACAUUUAAAGCAUAUCUAACAAGUACUAAACUGUACAUAAGAAAGCCCUUCUUGAUAAAAAACAAACAAAAAAACGCACAAAAAUGGGGUUAUUUGGUACAUGAAGUUCCUUAACCUAUAUUUUAUUAUUGGUUUUAUGUUCUAAUGUAAUACAUUUAAAAUCAUACUAUAUAAUUGUUCUGUCAAAUCUUGUUUUAAAAGUUGUUUUCCAGUUUAAAUUUUUGGUAACAAGAACAAUAUCUCAAAUAAGCAGUGUACAUGAUGUUUCCUUUGAUUUGAAGCAGCUCAACAUGUAAUCCACUAUAUUUGAAUAACUGGCACAUUAAAGAGCAAAUAUCUUGAAUUUAA